UCUGUCAGAUGAUGGAAACGCUGGAGGAAAUAGAGCUGUGUGUCCCACAGCUUAACUCCUCCUGCAGAAAGCCAGUUCACUCCCAGACCACAGUUCUGCUCAUUUACGUUCUGCUUUCUUCCAUCUCCUUCUUCACUGUGGCUCUGAAUCUACUUGUCAUCGUCUCCAUUUCCCACUUCAGGCAGCUUCACACCCCAACCAACCUCCUCCUUCUUUCUCUGGCUGUCUCUGACCUCCUUGUGGGCCUUCUGCUGAUGCCGGUUGAAAUAAUCUACAUAGAAGCCUGCUGGUUUCUUGGGGACAUUGUGUGCACUCUCUAUUAUAUUGCAGACUACAUAAUCACCUCUGCUUCUGUUGCAAAUAUGGUUUUGAUUUCGAUUGACCGGUAUGUUGCUAUCUGUGAUCCUCUGCAUUACCCUACCAAGGUCACUAAGAGCACAACACAGGUCUGUGUGAGUCUAUGCUGGAUUGUUUCCGUAUUCUACAGGCUACUUCUUUUACAGGAUCAUGUGGUAAAUCCAGGUGUGUCUGUCUCCUGCAUUGGAGAGUGUGUAGUUGUCAUCAGCAACAUUGCAGGGAUAAUUGACAUGGUUUUCACAUUCAUCAUGCCAAUUACUGUCAUCUUAUCUCUGUAUUUCAGAGUAUUUGUUGUUGCUCUGUCCCAGGCUCGGAUGAUGCGUUCCCAAAUUUCAACGGCACCUGGCAAGCAUGGCUCUGUAACUAUGUGGAAAAAUGAGAUGAAAGCAGCCAGAACUCUUGGUAUUGUUGUGGUUGUGUUUUUGAUUUGUUUCUGUCCUUAUCAUAUCAGA